AUGACCAACACCUGCAUUCUUCAAGUGGACUUGUCUCUUUUUCGCUUUUUGUCCUACGGCUUGAAAAUGUCCCGGGGUCUGCUGGCCCUGCUCCUCGCUGCAUUGAUGUGCCGCACAGAGUCUCGCUGCUCGCCCACUUCUUAUUACAAAAACUGCUGGAUCCGACAUUUCCCGGGCGUCCUUCUGGACACGGGCGAGUCUGAGAGGAGAGGAGCGCGUCUUGUCCGCAGCUACCGGGAGGAGAGCGCGCUCGGGUGCAGUCGGAGCUGCUGCCUGACUACAAAUGUGUCCUGCAACGUGGCCAUCUUUGACUACGCCGCCACAUGGGACAACUGUCUGCACCUUCACUGCCCGACCUUGGACAGCUGCAUCGUCACACAGCGACACAAGGUGGUCCUCUACAAGCUGACUCAUGGUGUGGAUCCCGACUUGUUGGUGUUUGAGAAGCAUCUCACCUCCAGCGUGGGCGUGCUGCCGCAUCACUUCAGUCGCAUCAAUGCGUCCGAGGCUUUGCCCGCCUCCGACAAGCGGCAGUUCUUCCAUCCGCCGCCCCCUGCCACCGUCAAACCACCUGUGAAGACACCUCCGGCGGAAACAUCAACCACCUUCAUGGCUUCCCCCAGCGUUACCGUGACAACAGCGCCGCCUGCUUCCCUCUCCACCGACCGUGCCCCCACCUCCACGUCCACGGCCCAGACGUCCGUCAAAGAGCGAGGGAGCCCGACUCCAACUGCCGAGGACAUGAAGUCUUCGGGUUUAGGGGAGGAGUGGCAGAGCCUGCUGGUGGCGCUGUUGAGCUGUGGGACUAUGUUGCUGCUGCUGCUGCUGCUUUCAUGCUGCUGCAGGCGAGGGGGGAGGGGCUACCAAGGGUCCAUGCGUCUGAUGAAGUACAACGUGGUCAAAGAGAACUCUUGAACUUUUAUUUUGGUAUUUUAUCUACGUAAGUCCUUGUAAGUCACAGCUUGAGUACUUUCAUGACGGCCUCUUUGUACUGCAGCAUGGCGCUCUCACUGUCGCCUUGGUUCUUCAGUCUGGUGACCGAGUCCUUGUACUCCUGCACUUCACUCCUGCCUAGAAGCUGCUCUCGCCUUUCGUCCUCUGCCGUCACCGCCUUGAUGCGUAGCACCGUGUCCAUCAGGUUCUUCUGGGACGGGCUGUCUUCCCAGUAAUACUCCUCCAUGUCCGCCACUGUCUUCUCCGCCUCCCAGCCUUCCGUUUUCUGAAGAAAGCAACCAUUAGUCCGUUGCUGGAAGCACGACUCCACUUCUCGGACCUUUACGGGUAUAAAAUCACAUGCAACAACCCGUCUUUGUGGUCUAGCGUUACAAAAACAUCACAGAAGACUGUGCCUGCCAUUGUUGGUCUAAAGGUCAGCACCUGCCUGUCCUCUACUUCCUGUGGUGGGGAAAACAGGAAGCACGGCAGACCAAGUCCACUUUUCUUAGAGCAACACCUGAUAGCAGCGGGACACCAAACACCGUGCUCGUAGCUUUAAAGUGCGAGGGGAAGUUCAAGACUACACACCAAGUCAUUCCUUAUUGGCCGCUGGCACUUUGGGAAAAUAGAAGGAUGAAUAAAAAAAGAGCAAAAGUGAGAAAAUGUUGAUGCUAAUUACUAACACAAAGCGAACAAUUAGGGCCUGAUUUACUGAUAUCCAAAUACCGUGUGGUAAAUGGCGUGUGCAAGCUAUAAAAGGGCGUGUGAUUUACUAAGACUGGUGGUGCAGACUGCUUAUUUAAAUGAGGACUUGGCGUGUACUGUGGGGAACAUCACUACUUAUUUACUGCACAUGCAGCGUUAUGCUAUCAUUUCAAACAAGCAGGCGUGAUCUACUACUUUUUAUGGGCAUAUUACAAACCCCGUUUCCAUAUGAGUUGGGAAAUUGUGUUAGAUGUAAAUAUAAACGGAAUACAAUGAUUUGUGAAUCCUUUUCAACCCAUAUUCAGUUGAAUAUGCUACAAAGACAACAUAUUUGAUGUUCAAAUAAUAAUUCACUUAGAAUUUCAUGGCUGCAACACGUGCCAAAGUAGUUGGGAAAGGGCAUGUUCACCACUGUGUUACAUCACCUUUUGUUUUAACAACACUCAAUAAAUGUUUGGGA